AUGCCUCCUCCGAAGGGCACUCCUAACCCUCUAGAGGGUCCAGGUGACUAUGACGUGACCUCUGUAGUACACAACGACACAUAUCCUGCGAUCGAUUCUGCUAAGGCAAACUUGAGCGGUAAGGCCGUCCUUAUCACCGGUGCUUCUAAAGGCUUGGGCAGAGCGAUCUCUGUCUCGUUUGCCAAAGCUGGCGCAUCGAUGAUCGCAAUCGGAGCUAGGUCCGAUCUCUCAACUACAGUCAGCGAGAUUAAAGCAGCAGCUGAGAAGGUGGGAAAACCGGAACCGAUAAUCUUAGCUCUCAAGCUUGAUGUAGCCGACCCCAAGAGUGUCGAUGAUGCGGCAGCCCAAGUUAAGGAGAGCUUCGGACGCAUGGAUAUCGUUAUUAAUAACGCUGGCAUUUUUGAUGUAGCCAUGAUCCUAGAUACCGACCCCGAAAAGUGGUGGAAUAUAUGGAGAGUAAACGUUAUGGGGCCAUACAACACUGCACGCUCCUUUCUCCCACUGCUAUUAGAGGGGAGUAACAAGACAAUAGUUACAUUAAGUAGCGUUGGCGCUCAUUUGGUAGGGCCGGGACUCAGCGCAUACCAACCCUCUAAGCUAGCAGUGCUGCGUCUUUCCGAAUUUAUCUCGGCGGAGUAUGGCGACAAGGGCAUAGUCGCGUACUGCAUACAUCCAGGAAAUAUUCCAACAGAUAUGGUUGCCGAUGUCCUGGUUCCUGAGAUAAGGGAUGCAUUUGUCGAGACUCCGGAGUUAAGCGCAGAUUCUUUAGUGUAUCUAACAUCGGAGAGACGGGAUUGGCUGGCAGGCAGAUAUAUCAAUGUCACUUGGGACCUACCGGAAUUGAUGGAGAAGAAAGACGAGAUCGUUAAAGGUGACAAGUUAAAAGUGCGGCUAGUUAUAUAA